UUGAGUGGGUUGGGUUCACAUCACACAGUUAAAAACCACUGUUUUCACGUUAUUUGACUCUCUCUCAGCCCCAAAGCACUUGGUUCCACCUGCGGCAUUUGCCAAAGUCUCCAACAAACUCGCGCAGCCACCAACGCUCCUUUUCAUUUCCUAGGAAAGUCACCAUGGUUGAUCAGGUUCAGCGCCCUAACCUCGUUCAGAAUGUUGCACGCCAGACCGGUCUUUCUAUGUACCAAAAGAGGUCAUUUGGGAGUUACUCCAACCCUGCAUUUCAGUAUCCAAUGAUGCCAGCAUGUAAUGCUGCAACAACAGCUUCCCCUAUCUUUGUUGCAGCUCCUGCUGAGAAAGGAAACUUUCUUGUUGACUUUCUCAUGGGUGGAGUUUCAGCUGCUGUUUCAAAAACCGCCGCUGCUCCCAUUGAACGAAUUAAGCUUUUGAUCCAAAACCAGGAUGAGAUGAUUAAAGCUGGUAGACUUUCUGAGCCCUAUAAGGGAAUCGGUGACUGUUUUAAGCGAACAACAGCUGAGGAAGGUGUUGUUGCCCUAUGGAGAGGUAACACCGCAAAUGUCAUCCGUUAUUUCCCUACUCAGGCUUUGAACUUUGCAUUCAAGGACUACUUCAAGAGGCUUUUCAAUUUCAAGAAGGACAAGGAUGGUUACUGGAAAUGGUUUGCUGGAAACUUGGCCUCAGGAGGUGCUGCUGGUGCUUCAUCCCUUUUCUUCGUCUACUCCCUUGACUAUGCUCGUACCCGUCUAGCAAAUGACGCAAAGGCUGCAAAGAAAGGUGCUGGAGGAAGACAAUUCAAUGGUCUUAUUGAUGUCUACAAGAAGACACUGGCAACUGAUGGUAUUGCUGGCCUUUACCGUGGUUUCAAUAUCUCUUGUGUCGGAAUCAUUGUGUAUCGUGGUCUCUACUUUGGAAUGUAUGAUUCCCUAAAGCCAGUUCUCCUUACUGGAUCUCUGCAGGAUAGUUUCUUUGCUAGCUUUGGUCUUGGAUGGCUCAUCACCAAUGGUGCAGGUCUAGCAUCUUACCCAAUUGACACAGUUAGGAGAAGAAUGAUGAUGACAUCUGGAGAAGCUGUCAAGUACAAGAGCUCCUUCGAUGCAUUCCAACAAAUCCUCAAGAAUGAGGGCGCUAAGUCCUUGUUUAAGGGAGCUGGUGCUAACAUCCUCCGUGCCGUCGCUGGUGCUGGUGUGCUCGCUGGUUACGACAAGUUACAGGUCAUAAUGCUCGGCAAGAAGUACGGAUCCGGUGGUGCUUAAUUCUUUUUUUCGGCCUCUGAUUCAUAUUUUUGUUCUGGAUGUUGAUGAAAAUAAAUUUAGUUUUGAGAAUUGACCAAGUAUUGCGGAAAAUUUUGUUCAAUAAUUAGUACUAAGUGAUCCUAUACCCUUUUCUUUGGAUCGGAAUAUUUGAUAUUUCUAGGUUGAUUUAUUUGAAUGACAAGAAAAUAUGUCAUAUUGAAUUCCAUUUUGUUUGAUUUGAGUUUCUGUGAGAUACUCUAUUUUUUAUUCUAUUUUACUGUUUCAGGUAUUAAAAUGCA